GCACUAAAGGACAUAGUAGAUGACCUUUUACACCCCACCAACAGUUCAACUGGUGCUGUGGAGACAAAUGCAGAAACAUCAACACCAGAUCAUGCCCCAACCCCAUCUCUGGAGAUCAGCCAGUCCAAUGCAGCUCAAACAUUAAUAAAUACAGGCUCUAACAUCUCACAAGAAGAAGUCCUCAAAAUGAUUUCAGACUAUGAGAGGGUUAGUAAAACACUGAAAGACUUAGUGAAAACCCCUGCAAUACAACAAGCUCAAGAACUCCGCCCCCCACAAGGGAGUGCUAGACCUCCUCCCAGCCCAGUAGUUUCCCUCAGAGACCUACCU